AGUCUCAGUGAUGCCAGUGAGCAAGCCGCUGACGCUGACGGCACGGGCUGAGGCGACCAUUGCGCCGGCCACUGCAAAGCAUCUCCAAGUGUACAUGAAUAUGAGCGACAUGGAGCUGCUGGGCGUCUGCAAGGGCGAGUGGGUCGUGCUCUAUCGCCAGCAGCAAGAUUCCCGAGAACCGACCGCGUCGCUACCGUCGACACAUCCGCCGCCAGCAGACAGCUGGAUGGGGCAUGCUGCUGUGGGCAUUGCUCUCCCGCACCCGGCGCUGGCCUCGGGCGACGCGGUGGCCGCCGGUCUCGUGCGUUUCAACUGCGCCACGCGUGUCGGCCAGUCCUUCCUCGUGCAGGCCGCGAGCACCUCCGCAGCGUGGACAGCCGGUGGUACGAAUCGUGGCGGUGGUGGUACUGGCGGCGUCCACACUGCGCAGUCGGUGGGUGUCGAGCUUGCACUCUUCGUUCCGGCCAGUCCCAAGCCGAGUGGAAACGGACACCUGGCACCCCCGCCCGCGUUCUCGGCUGCAGAUGUCACGAAACUGCUGGCUGCAAUUCGGUACGAUUUGGAAGGCCAAGUGAUUGUGCUCGGCAAUGCAGCGCGCGUAUCCUUUUUGGGCCGGUCUAUCCAGUAUCGCAUUCGCUCCAUUGAUGAGCAUGCAUGGGAUCCCACCUCAGUUCAACCGAGUGAAUCGUUAACACAGCAUUCAACACCAAGCAAUGGCGCAGUUCCCUUCAGCCAGCUCGGCCUCUAUUUGGUGAGUCGUGCGACGUCUGUGGUUCGGUGGCAACCAUCCACUGGCGCGUCCUCCACACAGUCAGCGUCCGUCGCUCGUCCAGUCACCUACGCUGAUGUUGGAGGCCUGCAGUCUCAACUGGCCUCCAUUCGCGAAACAAUCGAACUGCCACUCCGCCACCCUUGGAUUUUUGAGCAAGCGGGAAUGCCGGCGCCCCAUGGCGCUCUUCUCUAUGGUCCACCCGGUACGGGUAAAACUCUGAUUGCGCGUGCUGCUGCAAGCGAGUCCGGUUGCCACGUCAUUUGCGUCAAUGGACCCGAGCUUGUCAGCAAGUAUUUUGGAGAGACGGAAACGAGGCUGCGCAACCUGUUCGCAGAAGCGCACAGACAUGCUCCUUGCUUGAUUUUUAUUGACGAAAUUGACGCAUUGUGUCCACGGCGAGACGAUGCCACCAAUGAGACCGAACGGCGGGUUGUAGGCACGCUCCUCACGUUGAUGGAUGGAUUGCAUUCGGGUGCAUCUGGAAAGAAGCCCACGUCUGCCGCCACGGGCCCAGUUCAGUCCAAGCACAUCAUGGUCGUGGGUGCAACCAACAGGCCCAAUGCUCUUGAUCCUGCGCUUCGAAGGCCUGGCCGUUUUGACCGCGAAGUCGAAAUCGGCAUUCCCACCUCGACAGACCGCAUCUCGAUUCUACAGGCGUGCUUGCGGCACAUGGCACAUACUCUCUCUGAGGAGGAUGUUGCGUCGAUUGCAGCGAGCGCGCAUGGUUACGUCGGGGCAGACUUGGCUGCUGUCUGUCGCGAAGCUGGACUUUGUGCGGUACAGCGCCGUCUCCAACACGCAGACCUCGCCGGCGACGCUGCUGUCCAGAGUCCCGAGGCAGCUCAUUCCAUCCGCGCGGUGACUGUCAGCGACAUGCGGUACGCUUUGGGCCAAGUCCGUCCAAGCGCCAUGAGAGAGGUUGCGGUGGAAAUCCCCAAGGUGCGUUGGAGUGACAUUGGCGGCAUGCACGACGUCAAGCAACGGCUUGUCGAAGCGGUGCAAUGGCCACUGCAGCAUCCCGAAAUGUUUGCACGCCUCAACCUUUCGCCUCCGCGUGGCAUCUUGCUCUACGGCCCGCCAGGUUGCAGCAAAACUCUGAUGGCCAAGGCACUGGCCACCGAGUCUGGACUAAAUUUCAUCGCCAUCAAGGGCCCGGAACUGUUCAGCAAGUGGGUCGGCGAGAGCGAGCGCGCCGUUCGCGAAACCUUUCGCAAAGCGCGCGCAGCAGCCCCCUGCGUUGUGUUUUUCGACGAAAUUGACGCGCUGGCUGUGGCACGUGGCGGCGAUGACGGCGCUGGCGGCGUGAACGAUCGAGUGUUGAGUCAGCUCUUGAGCGAAUUGGACGGUAUCGAAGUUCUCCGGAAUGUGACCGUGCUGGCCGCCACCAAUCGCCCCGAACUGAUUGAUUCUGCACUGCUGCGUCCUGGCCGCAUUGAUCGCAUCAUGUACGUCGGACCGCCCGAUGCCGCCGCUCGGUUGGAGAUUCUCAGCAAUGCCCUCAGCCGCAUGCCCCACCAGCUGGACGGGGCGGCCGUGAAUCGGCUCGUGUCCCAGUUAGAUGGGUGCAGCGGUGCCGAAGUCGCAGCCGCGUGCAAGGAAGCUGGUCUGUUUGCUCUUGAAGAAAGCCUCGAUGCAGCGACGAUCGAGGAGCGACACUUCAACGCUGCCGUGCAAAAGGUGCCGAAACGCAUCACUCCCGCCAUGCUCAAGUUCUACGCAGACUAUCAGCAGCAGUCCGUGCUACAGUCCGUGUAGUAGUAGUAGUAGUAGUAGUAGUAGUAGUAGUAGUAGU